AUGGCUCCAAUGACGCCUGUCCUGCUACUACUACUGCUGCCACCUGUGGUGGCUCUUGGAGAAGCCGAUCUUGGCCAAGAUGUCGCUGGAACCAGCUUGCUGGAGCUCGCCCGACCUCAUCGUGACAGGCCGGUGCGACGUGAGACGCCAGUGGAGGAGUUCCUCGAUGACGACUCCGAGAGGACCCGCCUGCGCAUCUGGUCUGAGACGACUGCUGGAAGCUUCAUCGUAGUCGAGGAGCCACACUUGAUUCCAUCCAGGCACGAGCUGGCCUCAGGCAACGCGGCGCUGCCGGUCCCUGUCCCGAAGACGGGAGAGGCGGAGAAGGAUCACUGGAUGGCGGUCUACGUCCUCAUCAUUAUGAUUCUCGUCGCUAUCAGUCCCAUCGGCGUCAAGGAGGGCAAGCUAGCUUUCUGCACUGUGGUCGUCUACCUCUCUUGCCUGUCCCUCGUGAAGAUGUUCGUGAAGGCCACCAUGAACGCGGGCUUUGGCUACCCGGACUCUAUCACUGCGGUGCACAUGCUUUGCACCUCUUUGGUGGCGCUCCUCUUCGAGAAGCCUCGUCUGGAAGAGGCCUGGGUGGUUCUGCCCAUCUCGGUCGUCAGCGGCGCCUCGCUUCUUACGAACAACACGGCCAUGCUCUACGGAGGUGUAGCCUUCGUUUCCAUGGUCUCCUCCUGCACUCCUAUGUUCACGUUUAUGCUCGAGCUGGUCAAGAAGAGGAGGGCUCUGGAUUUCCUGACGGCCUUCUCAGUGGUCUUGGUGUGCAGCGGCAGCAUCUUCUGCGUUCGUGGGGAGAAGGCCGCCUCGCUGCUUUCCUUGGUCUUCGCCGCUGCCGGUUCGAUGCUUCGUGCGAUGAAAGGUGUCUGGCAACACGAACUCCUCAGCGUCUCCGUGACGCCGAUGCGGCUUGUCUUCUGGAGUGGCUUCUGGUCAUUCUGGAUCACGCUGGUCAUGGUCUUCGUGAAUGAGAAAGGGGAGGCGUUCUCGCACUUCGCAGAGGCUUCCAGGGAAGCGAAGAUGUCGUUCUUGUUCUCCAUCUUUGCGGCCGUUGCCCUCAACAUUUCGCAGUGCUACGCGGUAAAGCAGCUCGGCGCACUGUUGCAGAGCAUCGUCGGCAACUUGAACCUGAUCCUGGUCAUUGUGCUGUCCCAGGCGUGGCUGCAUGAGAAGGUGACCAUGUGGCAGUAUGCCGGCGUGACGCUGCUGGCUGCUGGCACCUUCUGCAACAAAUGGAGCGACCUCAGCCGCAAAGCCAUGAGCGACAAGGGGAAGCAAAAGGAGGAUCCACAGGUGAAGCAGGCGCACGAGCAGGCGCCGGAGGCGUCUCCGGCAACAGAAAACUACGGCGCCACGGGAGAUGGCAGGCGUCUGAGCGCACAGCCGCAAGAGACCUCCGUCGACAUGGAGGAACUGCCGCUGCUUCUCCAAACCUACGAUCUGGUUGCCCUCAACACGUGGGGCAGGACGAGGCCUAAUGCUAAGCCAUCCACCUUCGGGUUCGGGGAGGCUGAGUCCCGGAUUGACUUCGUCAUUGUCAGACGCGGGGAAGCCACUGACCAGGCCAAGCGAGCCUGCCCUAUGCGACAGUUCCAUGUGGGAGCCUCACGCCACAGUGGGGCUAUUCACUUCCCCCUCAGUGCCACUGUGCAAAUCCGGUGCCCACACUGGACUCGACGACCCCAAAAACCUCGACCCCAGGUGAACAUCGAGGCGCUGUUAGCUGCCCUGGACCAGCCGACCCUGCCAGAUCAUCUGGCCAAGAUUGAGGCAGUCCGCACAGCUGUAGCUCAGCAUCUUAGCAAGUGGAGUGGCAUUGAGGGAGUGGAGCAGCUACACUGCACGCUGCACCAGGCCUGCUGCCAAGUGUUCCCUGCUUGUCCGAAAGUGCCGACAACCAAACCUUGGCAGACAGACAAAGUUCAAAGUGGCAUCCAGGCCAUGUGGACCAAGUGGCGGGCUUUCAAGAGAGUCCGCAGGGAUGGCAUGCGAGGCUGGUUCAAUGCCUGGAAAGCCUGGAAGGCAUACGACAAGCAGCACAGAGACCACCAAAAACGUUGUCGCGAGGCACGGUGUGCCAAGCUCCUUGUGGCCAUGCAAGAGGCCCAAACGUGUGCAUACCGACACGAUUCUCGUGGUCUGUAUCAAAUCAUCAAAAGAAUUGCACCGAAGCAAACAUACCGCAGGCUGCAACUUCGUGAUGAUUCCGGUCGUAUGCUCACUCCUGCAGCAGAGGCCGAUCUGCUGCAGACUCAUUUUGGCGACCGAUUUCAGGCUGCACCCCGGGCAUCUGUGCCUCACACGGAGCAGUCUGCUCGUCCGGCAAACCUGCUCCAAGGCCCUUGGACACUGCAAACGCCGCUGCAGGUUGAUGCACAGGUUUUAUGUGCUGAGCUGCAAAGCAUCCCUCGCAGGAAGGCUGUGCCAGCCGAUCACCCACCAGGGGCGGCCUGGCGCCUGUGCGCCGACAUGGUGUCAGUCUGGACAUGUGACCAGCUCCAGCAACACUGGUGCCACAGUCCCCCAGCAGCUGGACCGACGUGGACCUGGCCCUGA